AUAAAAUAAAUAUUGCUUUUAGAUUGACGCUGGAACUGGCGAAGUUGAGAUGAAGUCAUCAGUGAAGUCCCGUUCAAUACAGUUGGCCAGAUGUCUGAGGAACGCGGGUCUGAAGCCUGGCGACGUGGUUGCCGUGUCGGGGGUUAACCACCUUGACGCUCACAUUCCCUUUUACGCUGGAUACUUAAACGGACUGCCAAUAACUGGAAUUGACCCUUUCUACGUAUAUGAGGAAGUAAAGGUAGUGUUAAAUAUAACCAAGCCAAAACUGGCUUUUUGCGAGGCGUCCAAGUUGGCCGACUACGAGAGGGCAGCUCGAGACCUCGGGUUGGAAAUUAGGAUAGUGACAUUUGGUGCCAGCGACAGAUCUUACGCAGAUUUCGUGAAGACGUACGAUGAUCAUGCUCCCGAUACCGAAUUCAGAGUGGCGAGCUUCGACACUCAAAAGGUGUACGCGUGGCUCAUCAGCACUAGUGGCACCACUGGCCUGCCCAAGGUCGCGGCCAUCAAACACUCCGACGUUAUCAAGGCCGUGAAAUUAGGCGCACUUGUAAAACAACAAGAAAGGGUCCCUCUUUUGAACCUGUCAAGCACGCACUGGAUAACUUCUUACAUAUCGACGCUGAGUGUCAUCACUAGCGACCAAUACAAAGUGCAGACGUCGUCACCUCAGACCAUCGAACAUAUUAUUGACAUUAUUAAUAAAUAUAAGCCUGCCAUGACCAAUUCAACCCCACUGCUGUUCGUCAACAUUUUGAAACACGAGAAAUACUGCGACCUUACGUGCUUUAAGAGAAUCGUCAUCGUCGGCUUCCAUAUGAACCCUGAAAUUUUUAAGCAGCUUAAGGCAAGGAUGCGACCUGACAGCGUCAUAUGGAACCUCUUUGCACAAACCGAGUGUGUGGGCUCCAUUUUGAUGCCAGCACCUCACGGCCCUCCCGGCAACUGCGGCCAAGAGUUGCCGUCGGCGGUACCAGUACAAUUGGUGGAUCCUAAAACUGGUGAAGUUAUCACUGAGCCAAAUAGGAUGGGAGAGCUGUGUACCAAGGGGCCGAAGUUAACGGAAUACUUCAACAACCCUGAAGCUACAGCGGCCGCGUUCACUCCCGACGGCUGGUACAAGACCGGAGACCUACUGUACAGGGACGAAGAAGGAUUCUUCUUCUACGUGGAGCGAAUGAGCAGCUCGUUCAGAUAUCGCAACUAUUUCAUCACACCUUUCGAGCUGGAGCUAUUGAUCCAGGAGCACCCAGGCGUGCUGGAUGUGUGCGUGGUGGGCGUGCCGCACCCUGAGGACGGCAAGCAGGCGCUCGCGUGUGUCCAGACACGCCCCGGGUUCACUCUCACAGAGCAGGAUGUUAAAGAUUUCGUUGCUGGUAAGUAUCAGUUUUACAAUCAUGCAGGAAUAUUGUAA